AUUCAAUAUUUUUCUCCGAUCAAGUUCUUAUGGCUAAAAAAGGAACUGUUAUUAGCGUUUGAUCGCUGAUUAAACAGACGCAUUAACACGGCUAAGUACGAGACGCGAAGUGUAGCAGAUAAUGCAGUUAUAUACAUAUCGCGAUUGAAACAAUUGGCCUUGUAUUAAAGAUGAACUGAAACAUUUUGAUUUUUAUCUCAAUUUUUCCUUCUUAUUCUAUCUUCAAAGAACAGCUAGUAAUGUAAUCACCAAAUUAAAUUAUUUUCCUAAAUUUAAAACAUUUUCUAUAUUUUUUUAUAUCUUUACAGCACGUAGCAUAUCGUUUAAGAAGAUCAUUUUGAUGAGUACUAUCACAAUUCAUUUUCGGUCCUCCCACCAUCUGGACGAUCUUUCGCAUAGUGCUGCUCUCAAUUACGGAUAGUCUCCAUUCGACCAAGUGCUCGACCGUGCUGAUCCGUUAAUCCGACAGAUAACAUUUAGGCUUUUUAUAAUAAUCAGAAUCGCCUAUCUAAUUUCUAUCAAUAAAAUUUAUCUUGCUGUUCGAAGAUGAUUCAAAAUUUCAAUCGUGAUCAUGAAUGUUAUUACAAAAUCGGAUCGGCUUAACGUAGAUAUGUGCAACGAAUUAAGGCAGCAUGCAACAAGAUGAGACAGCUAAGCGUAUAAAAGAAGUGAGACCAGCGAACUUGAGGAGAAAAUAGAUGCGAUAACUGAUCGUCAUUUGUGCUGUUUCGCGAAUAAAGGAAAUGUCCGCGCGUCGAAACGCGCUCGCAAAUUUAUCUCGCCAAUUAGCGGCGAUCGCCGAUACUGGCGUGAUGUGUGAUAGUUAACGUCACCGAAGGUUCGCGAUAUACGACGAAUCAGUCUUUCGUCGUGGGCGAAAGACAAAGAAAUCCAGCGACGAAGUGGAGAUGCGAGGGAUAAAUCUGUUAAAAUGAAAUGAACUCCUUAUAACUCCUUGAGAAAACGCAUCUGUAUCUGUUCAUCUUUUGAUAUAUGUGCCUCUGCUGACAUUCUACGUCAAAUUCGAGAGACGAAAGCUCUCCUUGCCAAAAACUUGAGACUCCAUUACUCGGGGAGAUUCCAACUUUUGCUCGCAGCAAAUGCGAAUUUUCUCGGGAUUCUCCGGGCAUCCAGCGAUUUGCAAUUACAAUGGCGACGCGGCGCCUAGAUCAGCAGGAGGACUUCUGACAGAUCGGAGAUAUCGGAUUUCUGCGGUGAUAACAUCGCCUUCGUGAGAUCUCGUCAUCAUCGAUACGACGACGACGGUUCGGGAAAUCGUGAAGGAGAGUCACUCCUCGCGGAGAAGUCUUAGUGCGCUUGUGGCGAAGCUCACUCGGUUCAGUCGCUUUGGUUCCAUCUAAUUGGGAAACAUGUCAAGAAUGCGCAUUCGCGGCGUGCCUGCCGCUUCAACAACGGGAAUGUCGUGAUUCCGGGACCUGAAUCGCGGAAAUUGUCAUCCCUUGGGAAUUACCUCUUGUCCGAUCCACGUCCAGAUUUCAGCGUCGCCAUAGUACCCGAGAAUGUCCAAGAAGCAAUGGCUCGCCCUACUGUUACUAUUCCUCGCAUAUCUGACACUGGGCGCCUCUAUUUUUCAUGUCAUCGAGAGUAAGAACGAAGAGAGGACAAUCAACGAGUCUAUAAAAGAACGCAUAAUAAUCUACAAUUUACUUUCCAACCAUUGUAACGGUAUUGAGAAUGAUACGUACGGCAUUCUGGCGAACCUCUCCGAUUAUUGCGGCAAGUCGAUCUCCAAUGAGAUCGAUGCCAGAAAAGAAUAUCGCCGAUGGGAUUUCUACAACAGUUUCUACUUCGCUUACACGGUCGUUAGCACUAUCGGAUAUGGCAAUCUGGCACCUACAGAUACUCUCAGUCGCAUCCUGAUGAUCUUCUACGGACUUAUAGGCAUCCCGAUGAAUGGGAUUUUGCUGACGCAGUUGGGUGAAUUUUUCAGCCGCGUGUUCAUUAAGGCCUAUCAAAAAUACAAAUCCUACAAGAAUCGCCAGUCAUCUGAGUAUCCCUGCAAGAAGCCGAUACGAUCUGAUGCGCGUAAAAUAAUGCGACUAGCCGCGCAGAUCCUUUUAUAUCUGAUACCCGGCUUCAUCGUGUUCAUUUUCUUCCCGGCAAUCCUGUUCAUGUAUUACGAGCGCUGGACUUAUGAUCAAUCGGUCUAUUACGCCUUUGUCACUCUCACGACCAUCGGUUUCGGUGAUCUCGUGGCAGGCCAAGAUAAUAGAAAGGGAAGUGGUCCAUUCUUCAUCAUGUACAAGAUAUUUCUGAUUUGCUGGAUCUCCUUCGGAUUAGGCUACAUCGUUAUGAUAAUGACAUUUAUCGCUCGCGGUAUGCGCAGCAAAAAGAUCACGAGGCUCGAACACAAACUGGCGAUGAAUCUCAAGCAUACGCAGAGCAAGAUUUGGAACGAGUUUAACAAAGAAGUCAACUACCUGCGCCGCGUUUUUAACGAGCUACAGCUCUCUAAGGUCAAAAGAGUAUACGUAGAUGAGUACGAUUACGAAGUACCUACGGCAAAAUUUCCGCGCAGCAACAGUUUCCCGAAUCUCCGAGAUUUAACAAUUGGUGGCUACGCGGACACUUAUAUACCACAUCCACGACGACGAGCUAAUAGCGAAGUAGUACCAACAGAUGAACUUACACGUGUGGUGUCUGAGACGGAUCUUCAACGAAUAGAUAAAAACGCAACAUUCGCUGCACACGCUAUAGUGCAACCGGCAGAACUUCUAGCGCGUUUGGUGAACAUCCUCGGUUAUAUACCUCCGCGGGAUGACUUCGAGUGGGAUCAGAUCGAGAAACAAACCGAUGUGCAGAACGAGACGCAACAAAGUAAAUCGAUCGAUCAGGAUCUAGCCAACAACGUUUCCCAAUGGACAAUCGGCGGUGACAAGUUCCCGAUCGGUAAGCCUCGAUCCAGAGCGGCCAGCGAAAUACGAUUGCGCGCUACGAAGGACGAUUCCAUCCAAAAUAACGCCGAAUGGACUUGGUCCGGAGUAGCCUCGACGAAGCUGCAAGAGCUGAUGAAAGAUCGCGACGCGACCAUAUCCUCAAAGGACAACGCUAACAAGCCGUACAAGAAGUUUGCAUCGUUCGCUUUGCCAAUCACCGCGCCCAAAAAUUUCUUCCCCAGAUGGAGAAAACAAUUCGCGAACAAAAGAUUGUCGGACGUUGGUCCUAAUACGAGGAAUACGGAAAAAGUCGUCGAGACAAUAGACGAUAAUGAAAAGAGCAAUCAACAGAAUAAUUCGAUGAGUCCGCUGCCUUCAUAUUUGAGCGAAAGGCGCGAAUCAAUCUUGAAGAGGCCGCAUUAUUAUACGCAUACUGGUGGUGAUCUACCGAAUUAUCUGGAAGGCAAUAAUCUGCUGGAAGAGACAAGUCUGGCAGAUUUUCUUAGAGCCUUAACCGCUCUUCACGCAAAAGUAGGAACAGUUCCCGAUGAAUAUGCCACUAAACCCAAAAGAAAACUAGGAACGGCCUGCCUGAGUCCGCCGAAGUUACCCAGUCUCUUUACUCUUUUCUCGAAUGCACCUGAUUCGAUUUCGGCGACUCAAAGCAAUCAGAAUACCGUUACGGGAGCGCAGUCGUAUCAAUCGAGUAGAAGAGUAUCCCUUAAAUUGGCUGAUACCAAUUAUUCCGGCUCCAGCACUCCUACAGCCUAUAUCAGGAAGGGAAGUGUUCCAAUGAAAUCUAGAUUCUCUUUGAGGCCGGUAGCGACCCCGGUGAGUCCUCCCACAUCGUCUGAUUAUGAGUCACCACGAUUGUCGAGACUAGACGAUCGGACUCUUCAAGGAUCCAUCUCAACGGAACCCUUCAUUUCCGUGUCACAGAAGAAACCGCUCGUAAAUAUGGAAGGAUUACCGGGAAUUUCGUCGCCGAUCCAACAACCAUUCAGUACCCGACGUUUUUCCAUAAGACCCGCUCAACUCAGUACGCAACCGAGUCCAACAAGCACCAAGUCUACUCCUACGCCAUUACAUACGCCUAAACCGCUACCGAAAUGGAAAGCGGGUAUGCUUCAGCGGCAGAUCACUCAGAUGAAUCUACGUCGUCGCUCCCGAGCGUCGAGUCUUAGCGACGUUUAUUCCGACAAACACGAGAAGACUAUUGCCCCUCUAAGCCCUCUCGCUAUAGACAACACUAAAACCAUCGAUGUUAGCAAACCAAGUAAUCAAAAAACGGUGACUAUUAUGUCGCCGGCAGAGAUGAAUGUGACGAGAAAUGAAUUUCAGAAUUCUGCAGUAAUUCCUUCAGAUUUAUCGAGAGACGAACGAACUGCAUCGUGGAGGCAUCAGGAAGACACAGUUUCAUCGACUAAUCCCUUCGUUCUCGGAUCCAAUGAGCCGAUCGCAGCGUUAAAUGAAUCUAUGAUUUUAAGCAUGCAUAAGGAUGAAAGAUAUCCUCCAAGAGAUUCCCUAUCAGUUUAUGAACCGGUUUACAAAUCGCCGUCCUCCUCAGUGUUUGAACAGAAAUUAAUAAAAUGUAACGAUGGACUCGAUAGGACAUUUCAAAAAGGGAUGCAGGAAACAAAUGUAGAUCUCAAAGAAGCUCCGCUUAAAAUGGAGAAGAAACAGGAUAAUAUUCAUGUGUAUGUAAUUGAUAAUUUAAGUGAACCUCGAGAAGCAUCUUCGGCUAGUAGUAGUUCCCUAGAAUCGAAAAAAGGGAAGCCCAGUGUAUUAAUAGAUUCAUAUAAACCACCGCUGCAAAUGACGAUAGAAAAACCGAUAAUCAAUCCAUUUGAGCAGUAUAGAGCCAUGACAAAGGCUGCUCAAAAAGGAGAUGCAGACUUGAAGGAAGUUAAAAUUGAAAAACCCAGGUGAAAAAUAAAAACGAAAAAGUUUUGUGAUCAUAUUAUGUGGCGGAUUAAAAAGUUAAAAUAGACAGUGUUCCAUUUAAUUUUAAAAAACAGACAAAUAUUUGGAAUCAA